AUGGGCUCAACUCCAGAGAGUCCGGGCGCCAGUCAGGCAAGUCAAGCACUUGGACCCAAGCCCCCGUCAAUCACUUCGUUUCCAGUCCACGGGAUAGCCGAACUAGUCUUGUUUGGGAAAGAUAACGGCACGCUAGGCACAUUAUGA